CGUACUUUCAGCCAAAAUGCAGAUGUCAUCAAAUUUUAACAGCCAAUUGUUACACAGCACGACGUCGGGUAGGUAUAAAAGGACUGAGCGGGUGAGUGCGUGUACUUCUAGGCGACAGGUAUCAUCGACAUCACAUCAUAGGAGGAAAGCAUGGAGUUUUUGAAAGCCCUCGUGAUUCUGCUGGUUGUUUUGCACGGUUCGCAAUCAAGGCCAGCGAGUUCUGAGGAUGAACUACGUGUCAUCGUCGGAAAACUAGAGAGGCUCGCAGCAAGCUUAAGGCAGUAUGUAGUUGACGAUAAUAGGCCUGAGUAUUCCAUGAGGGGUAUCGGACCACUGAGCGGGUCUACGCCAGAACUCCCUACCCCCGGUACCAGACCACUCGGACCUUGGGGGCUCGAUAACGACGAACUUGACCCCUCUCCAUACAAAUUACUUCACAAAAUGUUCGGAAAGUUUCUGAAACCAUACUUCCGCAGUUUCCCAAGUGGACCAUAUAAAUCGGAGAUGCCGUUAACGCCACGUAUUGUUGUUACAAUGCUGAAUGCGUGGUAUAACGACGCCGACCAAAUGAUGCUCAAAGAACAGACUUUUGUUAACGUUGCCGGAGAGCUCUUGGACGCCCAUUUCCAGUGUGCAACGACGAGAGUCAACCAAAUAGUUUUCUAUGUUUUCAAGAACCAAGUGCGUACAAUGGCAGAGGAUGACUGGAAAAUUGACACCCGCGUGAGGAAAGUUUUGGAGAAUUGGAUAACAGAUGAGGCCGUUCUGGACAAAGUCGCCCAAGCAAUUGUUGUGGCAGCGGAUGGGGACAUUAUGAAGAACAUUGAAUAUUUCCAACUUAACGAUAUUAUGGAAUUCCUUGCAAAAAUGAAAAUGCUCAUGUGGAAAGCUGAGCAGGAUAACUGGACACCAGUCAUGUUCCAUGAGAAACUGAAUCAACUUCUGACGGACAAUGGCUUCGUCUUCCAAUGUCCGAAUGUGCAUGAUCUAUGGGAAUUCCACCAAAACAUUGUUAGCCGUUUUCAAGAGAGGUUAUCCGAAAUCAAACCCUUCGCCGAGACGGAGGCUUGGCUGAAGAAAAUCCUACCCACAUACACGACUACAGACGCCACCCCCGCCAUUACUGCCAUCCUUCAAGUAUACACGGACUACAUCAAGUCGGCCAUGUUUCUCCUCGAACAGGUAGAGAACCACGUGACCAGCGGAAAUACCGUCGACAUCACUAAUUUCAUGUCCCAAUUUCUUACACCACAUCAACUCGAGUAUUUGCAGUCCAUCAUUGAAUUCCUUCAUUCUGGGAAUACCAGCGACAUCGUGGAAAUGGGACAGAUGAGGAACGAAAAUGUCGCUAACGGACGUUCCAAGGGCAGAUGCACUGAAUUCAACGGGGAAUGUAGAUGAAACCGACGCCUGGACCGUAUGGUGCAUGGGAUAUCGACAUGGGAUGUCCAAACCAUGUGAAAGGGCUAUUCCUUGCAGAAAUCAUUGACCCUUUUGUAGUGCUUUCAAAAACUUCUUUGCUUUGAAAAAUAAAAACAUCAAAUAUCAAAA